UUGCGUGCUAACUUAGUGAAUGUAUCUACUUCUGAGCUAUCUUGGAGAGAGCCUUUAGCUAGUCAAGCUAUCAGCGAUAACUUCAUUUUGAUACAGCGACUUCCAAAACAAUUCCCGGAAAUAUUUAUGAAACCGGUAGAGGAUAUGAUCCCCCCAACUCCCACAAUAAUUCGAGAAAAAUGCAACAAAUUUGAGAGCGACAAUAUUCUUGCUGAAGUUGCUGAAAACAUUUUAGAUACAUUAAAUAUUGUAUGGGAUAAUCCCGCAUUUGGGCCCGAUUUUGUUAAGUCAUUGAAUGAGAGUACAUAUGUGACAAAUGUUAUUGUAAAAGAUCUACCUUUUGGAAGAAUGGCAUUCAUUGAACGUCAAAGUACCGCUAGUGCAGAUAGGUGA